AUGCUUCAUCAUUUGAUGGUGGGAACUUGGACCCCUCCAGGUGCAAUUUUUACCAUUGAGUUUGAUGAUGAAGCAUUAACUUUGAAAUUGCUCAAGAGAACACCAAUUCCAGAAGAUGAGCCAAUUUCCUGGAUGACUUUUGAUCAUGCGAAGAAAAACAUAUAUGGAGCUUCAAUGAAGAAGUGGUCAAGUCACUCUGUCACAAGCCCUGCGGAAAUCCAACAUACCACUUCACAUCCUAUGUCCCAUGACCCAUCCGCAUCGAAAUUUGACACGAGAACGAGAGCAAUUUUCUGCUUAGCAUCAAAGAAAGCACCUUAUAAUGUUUACGGCAAUCCAUUCUAUGAAUUCGCUGGCCAUGGAAAUGUUUUCUCUGUUGAUGAAAAUGGCGCAUUGAAGGAGAACAUUCAAAAUUAUGAAUAUAGUCCCGAAUCUGCAAUACAUGGCAUGGUAUUUGACGCAGAAGAGAAUUACCUUUAUUCCGCAGAUAUGUGGGGGGACAAAGUAUGGACACAUAAAAAAGAUAGCCAAACAGGUUUACUUGAGUUGGUGGGAAGUGUAGAUGCGCCGAAGAAGGGAGAUCAUCCUCGAUGGGUUGAAAUACACCCAAAUGGAAAGUAUCUUUAUGCUUUGAAUGAAGCAGGAAAUAAUCUGGCAGUUUAUGUCAUUGAUGAGAAAACUCAUCUGCCAGUAUUCACAAACAUUACAUAUCCUCUGGUACCCCCAGGGGUUCCGAAUCUGAAGUUAUAUCGAUCCGAUGUUGUUUUCAUAUCACAUAGCGGCAAAUAUCUUUUUGCGACAUCACGAUCGAACGAUUUCAAGGUUACAGGUUACAUAGCAGCGUUCAAACUCGGACCAGCUGGAAAUAUCGAAAGACAGAUUUGUCUGAAUCCGACGCCAACAAGUGGAGGUCAUUCAAAUGCAGUCAGUCCUUGCCCUUGGAGUGAUGAGUGGUUGGCUUUGACAGACGAUCAAGAUGGUGGAUUUGAAAUUUAUAGAUGGCAUGAGGAGUUUUUGUAUAGGGUUGCGAGAAUUGAUAUCCCGGAACCUGGGUUUGGUAUGAAUGCCAUUUGGUAUGAUUGA